AUGGCUAUAUGCACAACUGAGCAGUUACACGAUACAAACGCUAAGAACAAUGUAAAAAUUAACCCAAAAAUCAAUUUAAGCGAUUUUGAAAAGAUUUCUGCAAACGUGUUUGAGAUUGAGUUGUUCUGCACAUAAGCAGUGAUUUUUUUUAAUAAUGGUUCACAACUCAAUCAGGGUGUACUAUUGAAGGCAGUUUACAUCCCCGUUUUGUCUUUUGUAUGUGCGGUAGCCUUGUGAACGUCGUGGUUGUAUGCAACACUGACCUGCGAGACUUUGACAUCUCAGAGUGCAUUAAGAAAGCUAACAAGCCCCUUUAUUUUAUUGUUCUUCUAAAGCGCGCCAACGUUCCACUGAGCGACAUUGUAAAUUUUUACUGCACCGUGAUAAGACCUGUUUUAGAGUACUGUGCACCAGUUUUCCAUCAUGCGCUUCCACAGUAUCUUAGUGACGACAUCGAACGAGUGCAAAAGAGAGCGCUCUCCAUCAUUUGUCCUUAUGCGUCGUAUUCAGAAUGUUUGGUCAGGUUCGAUUUAGUAACCUUGCACGCUAGACGCGUGGCUCUGUGUGGCAAGCUUUUUGAGUCUAUCACGUCAUGCCCGGAUCACAAACUUGUCCCUGUCUUACCUCCUAAGAGAGAACACAGACAUAAUCUAAGACAGUCCAGGGCUUAUGCCAUGCUCCGUACACAUACAAAUCGUUUUAAGAACACUUUUAUUCCAAGUAUGUGUACAUAAUUUUUUUGGACUAGUUUGUACCUAGUUAUAUAUAGAGAGUUUUUCGCAUUUUUAUAGAAAUGUUUUUUGUUAUAAUUUCAAUUAGUAUUUAUAUUUUUGGAAUUUAUUUAAUCUUAGUUUUAAGUACUUGUAACGCAAUUCAGUCUACGGACUGCCAUGUUCGAUAUUUUAAUAAACUAAACUAUCUAUCUUUGCAAAAUUUCCUAUCGUCUGAAUUGUCAAACAACACGAUUCCAAGCAGCAAUUUGGUUAUUCCAUCACGAUCCGUCUCAAGUCAAUAAUCCGCCCCUUCCGAUUUUGGAAAAAGAUGUCAGUUAUUCUGUUGCGGACUUGGGCUACCCCACAAUUCAGAAUUACUUCGAAACGUCGCACGCGAAAGGCCCGCAAGAUCGCGCUGGCGCAAAUCUUAAAUCGAAAGCAGACAUGACAGUGAUCUGGAGGCAGCAAGUUAUUCAAAAUGCACAUGAUCUUUAUAGUUUUGCGCAACGUAAUAUGCUGACUCCUGUUUCUGGCAGAAGUUUAAGUCGUAGAGUCUUCUUUUACAUUGAAGCCUCCAAUGGAAAUAGGCCUCGCAAAAAAAUAAAUAAAUUCUCAGUUUUACAAAAAGAAAUUUCAUUCAAACUAGACCAUUGUGGCGUGUUUGUAAUCAGCUAAUAGAACUUAUUUAAACUUAAAAAAUAAAAGGAAAUCGGGCAAUUCACAGCAUUCUUGCGCGAGGUCAGGGUGGACAACUUGAAGUGCAAGACUUGUCAUGCUACUGUGACAACUGCAUCCAUGAAAACUAUGAGCAGUGGGUAAAUACUGCACAUGUGAAGAAAUGGGAAAGCCAGGUUUUAGAGGCAGAAAACACGAACUGGAGAGCAACUAGAAAAAGUACCUUAGUUUUAUCUCCAAGAAUUCAACAGUUGCAAUUGUCUCAGGAGAUGCAUCUGAUGAUUACUACUUGCUGAAAGUUGUUUCUGAACAACCCCAAAUCUUAAAAAAUGCGGUUAAGGAUGACUGGGGUGUGCGCUAUCCAGCUGGGGCAAAGGUAUUACGUGGUAACUUUUAUGAACGAUCGAACUGCUCAUCAGUACCCCAAAAUGUGCUUUUUAAAUUGGUUUCUGGCAAAAUCGCCUAUGUAUAUGUGGCAACGGUCUGCUUUAUGUUCGGAUUUACACGAAUGUUUUGUAGAUGGUUCAAAGCUCUUUAAACUUUUCGAGUCAGAGCAUCUUGACAUUUUAGAUUCACUUGAUGGGUUUUAGUGUUUGGUAUAGUGGUCAAUCCCACCAAGUGACUGACUAAGAUCCCUUGUUAGAAGUUUAGGGUGAUAGGGCUGACGGCCACAUUUCUACAGUAAGAAUUCAAAACUUGCGAACGAUUUCAAGUACAUUUUUCUUAGUCAUUUUGGUUGUGUCAGCUGGACAGAAAUGUGUGAGAAAAUUGUUUCCCGUAAAUAAGUAUAACGUACUGUGUUUUUAAUCUGUAAAUCAGUGUUUAAGCCUUGGCAGUAGAGACGGACCAUUAGAAAUCAUUGGAAGGGGUGUAAGAAAUAAAUUUUGCGGCAAUAUUUUUAAAAGGCCAACUUGCUUGCUGGAUUUUUUUUCUGAGGUUUCAGAAACUCACAACUGCCUACAGGAUAUUUGCACUUUUUUGGCCAAUUUCCUUGGCAAUAUUGUUCACUCUCCCUUCGCCACCUCUCGUUAUUUUUAAUGGUCCGUCUCUUUGAUAGACCUUCAAAGAUAAAUGAUGUGUAUAUUUCUUCUACUCGCAAAAAAGUAAGAAAAACAGAUAACUCUUUGAGUAUCAGUGAAGUUUGACUACAGCCUAGCAAUUUCAUAGGUCUCCUGCACAGACGUUCUAGGGCCUGACCCCAAGGGGAUGUGCCGCUGGACAGGGUAUGGUUUUUGUCCUCUGUGUCCUAAACUGGGUAUACAAUUUCGUGCAAGUCUGUCUUAA